AUGCUGCGCCGCGGUGCGACCCUGUUGACAAGUGCCGCGGCUGGUGGAUCGUCUGUGGGCAACCCGCCUGCCGUGGCUCCCGGUGUCGUUCGUUCCCUUUAUCGCAUGCUUCUCAGGGAAGUUAGGAAAAUUGACGAAUCACCCCUGUCCAAGACACUUUUCCCGCUUACAGUAGAUCUCCAACACUUGACUAAGAGCCACGGACCGCUGUAUUUUCCCAAUGGUCAAAAGUAUAUGGAUAUCUUGCGUGAAGUCUUUCAUGACGCGGCAACACCACAAAAAGUAAAUCUGGCCUUCGAGACACUGACACGGCUUAGGUCUCAUAACGAGCGAGUAACUUCAAGACUUUCCGUCUUUGAGAAAGACCGAAUGCAUCUCAUCAACACGAUGGAAGCGUCACAACCCGACAAGGGCUUAUACCGUGUUGAGCGCGCCCCAUACAAUGUUAACGCUACUUCGUACAGACUGCCUGUGGGAGGUGGUCCCUCCUCGUUACACUCAAAACUGAAAAUUCGGCAAGGUUAUGCGGUCGAACUCGAGGAAGGCGUGGCUUUAGUUGCUCAUCCGCUCUCUUCGACACACAUGGACCGACGUGUGAUACUAAUUUAUGAAAAGGGUCCUCAUUUCACCACGGGUGUCGUUCUCGACAUGUUGUUUACGUACCCGCUUUCGCACGGCAACCCCAUGUUUCCAGAGGUGUUUUGGGGGCACAAGGUUUAUGACGGUGGCGUGUCGCAGAUCAACUUCACGAUGCCUCCCACCGCGCACAUCAGCAUCUUGCACACACUGGAACCGCCAACAGAGCCAGAGUCACCUCAGUAUCUUGCCUGGCUCAAAUGGAAGGAUGUUAAGUCAAAAUCUAGGAACACAGAGACGACAGCGGAGCAUCCUCGGCUCCUAUGUAAGCCCUUGAUUCGGGGCGGUGUAUUGGAUGACGGGACGGUCGAGCCUACGCUGUACCUUUCUAAGGUGGAGGCGCUGCCUUACUUGGCCCAGCUCGUGCCGGGAAAGCCGCGCUCUUCCGCUAGGGUGUACUGGGGUAAUAUGCGAUGGCCAACCCGCCAACUGGAGGCGGAGGUGGCGAAUGGACACUGGAUUCCAGUCAAGCUUUCGCCAACGUUUUUUGGACCAUUUCCGUUGAUGGCGGAGUCGGGGAGGGCGGACAUGUUUCCAACGGUCGCGGAACUGAAGGGCAUGAAGGAAACCCGUGAGCGACGGUACGGCGUGGAUGUUUCGUUGCCGCAGGUUUUCCCUCCGGAUCGAAUCCUUCGCCGCCGCGAGUGUCUGUGGGACCAAAUUAUGUACUGUCUUGGCGGUGAAUACCGUUCCUUGGUUGGUUGUUUCAACCCAUUUCUAGAAAGCACGCAGGGCGUGCUACCGUACGACUUGCCGUCCCCACCGUCCGUCGUUGGUUGUGGGUUGAGUGAUACCGAAGAAAGUGUUAUGAUGAUGGAGGACUUAAUUGAUGACGCGGUUGAAAGGGGUGCUGGGGAAGAGGCGGAGAGUGGAAAUUACGAGGAGGAUCUUCCUUUCAGUGCGCAGAUGCUCGGGGUGACCGAGGUGCAAGGCGAAGAACAGCUCGCCAAGGGUGAGAGGCCUCCCGGAUCUGAAAAGGAAUCAGACAAUGAAGACGACGAUAAAAAAAAGAGCUAA